AUGGGAAUCUGCUACAGUUGUUGUGUGGGAUCUCGAAGUCCUCAGUAUGAGCCUCUGUUGUUGGAUAAUGAGCGCGACGCAGUAGCUGAUCUGCUGCAGUACCUGGAGAAUCGCUCCGAGACCAACUUUUUCGCUGGCGAGCCAUUACGAGCCCUUUCGACGCUGUCGUUUAGCGAUAAUGUCGAUCUACAGCGUAGCGCAGCUCUUGCCUUUGCAGAAAUCACAGAGAAGGAGGUCUGUGAGGUCGGUCGCGAGACACUUGAGCCAGUGCUGUUCCUGCUCCAAUCGCAUGACGUGGAAGUGCAGCGUGCGUCGAGUGCGGCGCUCGGUAACCUUGCCGUGAAUGCAGAGAACAAGCUUUUGAUUGUGAAGCUCGGUGGUCUGGAGCCCCUUAUUCGCCAGAUGCUCAGCCCGAACGUUGAGGUACAGUGCAACGCCGUCGGUUGCAUCACGAACCUCGCUACUCAUGACGAUAACAAGUCCAAGAUUGCCAAGUCCGGCGCGCUCGUCCCUCUGACGCGUCUGGCACGCUCGAAGGAUAUUCGCGUGCAACGCAACGCGGCUGGUGCACUCCUGAAUAUGACGCACAGUGACGAAAACCGUCAGCAACUUGUGAAUGCAGGUGCCAUUUCCGUGCUGGUUUCGCUACUUAGUAGUGCUGACACAGACGUGCAAUACUAUUGCACGACAGCACUUAGCAAUAUUGCCGUCGACAGUGUGAACCGCAAGAAACUUGCACAGAGCGAGCCACGCCUUGUACAGAACCUAAUUGGGCUGAUGGAGAGCGGCAGUCUCAAGGUGCAAUGCCAGGCUGCAUUGGCACUCCGCAACUUGGCCAGUGAUGAAAAGUACCAAAUUGAGAUUGUGCGUUCCAACGGCCUUCCGCCACUCUUGCGUCUGCUGCGCUCAUCGUUCCUUCCACUGAUUCUCUCGGCCGCAGCUUGUGUGCGGAAUGUGUCGAUUCACCCCAUAAAUGAGAGUCCGAUCAUUGAUGCCGGCUUCUUGUAUCCUCUCAUUGAGCUCUUGAGUCAUGAAGAAAACGAGGAGCUGCAAUGUCACGCUAUCAGUACGUUGCGGAACCUGGCUGCCAGUAGCGAGCGGAACAAGGCUGCCAUCAUUGACGCAGGUGCGGUAGAGCGUAUCAAGGAGCUGGUUCUGCAUGCACCGCUUAGUGUGCAAAGCGAGAUGACGGCCUGCACGGCUGUAUUGGCUCUCUCGGAGGACCUCAAGCCACAGCUAUUGGAUAUGGGUAUUUGCGAGGUCCUGUUGCCCCUGACGGAUUCGCCGUCGAUUGAGGUGCAGGGCAAUUCCGCGGCAGCGCUCGGUAACCUAAGCAGCAAGGCCGAUGACUAUGCGCCGUUCAACGCGGUGUGGGACAAGCCCGCAGGCGGUUUACAUGGCUAUCUGGUGCGUUUCCUCGAGUCAGAGGACACGACAUUCCAGCACAUUGCGGUGUGGACUCUGAUUCAGCUCCUCGAGAGUGGCAACCAUGAACUUGAGCAGCACAUUCGCGACAGUCCACAUCUGCUUGACUUGGUACGCCAGCUGCAGUCCCGGAUCGGCACGUUUGAGAGCGAGCACGAGCAGGCCGACACGAGCACGGCAGCAGACACAUCUGGACAGGACGUGUCUCCGGAACGCGAAAUCGCCGCCUUGUCGCGGCGGAUCGAAGAGAUUCUAUUUGAAGAGAGUGACGAUGGCACAUCUGAUGCCAAGUGA